CGGACAUGAAGAAAAUACCAAAGGGUGCACCAAUGCCUAAAAAGGGAGCCUGCGGGGUCGGCAAUCACUAGUCGGAUUGUUUGUGCUUUAUCCGUCCAAUGAGUGACUCCUUGAAUUUCUCUUCUCAUUUUAGCCCCGAGUCCAGGUCCCGCUUGAGGCACUCGCCCCCUCCAAAGGUCUCCACAACGAGGGGCAGCUGUUGAUCGUUCAGUCAAAAGAAGGAGGAAUCUGCAUACCUUGAGAUGAUUUACAGACGAAGUAUAUGCGGCUGUGGACCUCUGAAUACGAAGAGCCGAAGUUAUCAUUGAUUUGCAUCCUCAAACCAUCGGGAUUGAUGGCCUCGGGCAUGAAGCGGCACACCCGCAUUAGCGUGUUCGCAAAAGGUUACAUCUUUUAGUGUCAGCCCACUUGGCGGGUGAUAGCUGCAGUUGAAUUUUUACUUGAUUCAUCCCUGCAAGCGCGUCGGUAAAGCAUCUACGGUGGAUCGAAUCUUUUUUCCUUUGUCUGCCCCUCAACACAUUAACCUAGUCCCAUUGACACCAUGGCCGUCACCGACGACAAGGAACCCUGGGCAGAGGGGGCGGAAAAAAAUAGGGGGCAACGUUUGCUCCCCCAUGUCAUUGACUAUUAUGCGCAUCACCAACCAGAUCGGGUAUUUGCAUCGAUCUUUAAGUCCGGAGAUCAGGAAAAUGGCUUUGAAGAUAUCACAGCGGAGACAAUGGCCACGGCCGUCAACUACAUGGCCUGGUGGCUGACCAAAAACCUAAAGACGCGCAACAAGCGACGGACUCUAGCGUACAUUGGUCCGAGCGACUUGCGUUAUACGGUCAUCUUUUUGGCCGCGAUAAAAUGUCGGUGGAGGACCUUUUUCAUCAGCCCGCGAAAUCCCAUCACAUUAAAUCUCGGUCUUUUGCAGCAGUCCGAUGUAUCUGCGCUUCUAUAUGCAGAAACCUUAAAAGCACCCGCCAGGUCUUUGCAAAAGUUCGACCCUUCCAUAUCUUGCAAGCAAGUGCCUUCCAUGAACGAGAUAUUGAAGUUCGAGUCGCCUGCAUACCCAUUUGAUGUCUCUUGGUCAGAGAUCAAAGAUGAGAAUUGUCUGAUCUUACAUUCCUCUGGAUCGACGGGCCAACCAAAGCUGGUCAACUACUCUCAUGCUGCAUUCUCAUGUACAGAUAACGACUCAAAGAUACCAGUACCGCCGGGAAGACGCGCUCAAAAUAGCGCCCAGUUCAUGUUUGACUCGCCUGGUCGUUACUACUCAUCUUUUCCAAUCUUCCACAUUGCUGGUAUCCAAGCAUACAUCCUCAUCCCAUCAUUCUACCCAACUUCUACUUUGGUGAUCGGCCCUCCGCAUAUUGCACCAAGCGGUUCAUUGGUAGAUAAGAUUAUACGAGAACAAAAGGUCCGAGCCCUUUGGUUGCCCCCACAAGUCAUUGAGCAAUGGAUUUCGAACCCGGCAGCUAUGAAGCAAGCAGAAAGUCUCGACUUUCUGGCGUACGGUGGAGGAAUUAUGUCCAAGGCAGCCGGUGACAAGCUCAACAAAGCGACCGACGUGUGCCAAAUCUAUGGUUGUCUCGAGGCGGGUCAAGUUCAGAUGCUGGUCCCUCAACAAGGAGACUGGCAAUAUGUGGAAUUCAAUCCAGCCGAGGAAUGCGACAUGCAAGAAGUGGAUGAAGGUGUCUACGAAUUGGUGUUCCACAAUGAUGAGAAGUUCCUAGGGCGUCGAACCCUCUCUCACACAUUCCCAGACGUGCAAACAUGGCGGUCUGGGGAUCUUUUCGUUCCUCACCCGACAAAACCUGGUCUCUGGAGCUUCUACUCUCGCAUAGAUGACAUCAUUGUGCUUGCAAAUAACCAAAGAGUUUGGCCUAUCCCAAUGGAAGCCAUCAUCUCUGGAGACCCUCUUAUCACUGGAGCUGUUGUGGUUGGAAAUGGCCGUCCCGAAGUCCUUCUACUUGUUGAACCAAGGUCUUCGCCCGAGAUAGACCGCAUGAGCAAGAAGGAGUUCAUUGACGCUAUCUGGCCAAUGAUCGCGCAAGCGAACGGCAUUGCGCCCGCCCAUGGCAAAAUUCGGAGGUCCCGAAUCGCACUCAGCCAGCCAAAUCUGGGAUUCAUCCGGGCGCCCAGGGGAACAAUCGCACGCAAACCCACAGAAUCAUUGUACUCUGAAUAUAUCACUGCAGCAUUUGUUGACGGCACCACAGAUGAGCAAGGUGAAAUUGGGAUUUUAGAAAAUCACUGGAGGGACGAAGCCAAGAGGUUCAUUGGAUCCGUUGUUCAUGACAUUCGCCCCGACAGCAAGAUCAGAGAAACGGACGAUUUCUUCGUCUUGGGAGCCAUGGACUCUUUGUCAGUAUUAGAGCUAGGCCAAAAGCUCAAACUCGGUCUUUCCGGUCGCAUGGAUAAGGAAAAGAAUACAAUUGACUUCUGGAUGCGAACGAUCUUCGAGAAUCCAACAAUCGACGGACUUGCAACCGCCACACUUGACGCAGCCUUCGGAAAGGGUAAAGGCAGUCAAUCUCAACAAAGGCUUAGCGUUGAUGGACUCGUGGGAGAUCUGGUAGCCCAGCUCCCUGAAGCUAUAGCAACCACUCCACCCCCACCAUUCGCCACAGACGACAUCAAAGUGGUGCUACUAGGAUGUCAAGGGCGCCUUGGUCCAUAUCUUGUGAAAAGCUUACUCGAUGAUGACCGAGUAGCCGGAAUCAAAUGCCUGGACCGCGGGCCCGAUGUACGAGACACAUUUCAGAUGCGCGUGGACGAGCUAGGUCUCAAUAUCGAUGCCAAGGAUUCGCGCUUACAAUUUGUCCCCAUCGAUCUCUCUCAGCCAGACUUGGGCAUACCAGAAGACCACGUGGAGGAAAUUUGCACGCAUGCCGAUGUUAUUAUCCACAGCAUCUGGACAGUCAACUACGCUUUGUCGUUAGCGUCGUUCACACCAGAAAUUCUAAAGAGCGUGUACGCCACCAUCGACAUUGCGAAUCGCGCUAAGUCCCGCCCCCGGGUGGUCUUCACAUCAAGCAUCGGCAGCGUGCACAGGUGGGCGAAAGCAAUUUCUCCUAUUGUACCCGUGCCAGAGGAAGUGAUAAAUAGCACAGCAGCAGCAAUGGCAACAGGCUACGGACAAUCAAAGCAGGUAGCGGAAAGAUUCCUUGCCGCAGCAGGAACCAAGCUCCAGAUUCCAAUCUCAAUUUUACGCAUCGGGCAGAUCGCCGGUCCUACAAAAAUUGAGGAAGGAGGCAAGUGGGAGAGUCAUGACUGGAUACACUCGUUAGCUAUCCUCUCCAAGGCUAGUGGCCUGGUACCCAUCAACCCGGCUCUUAUCAACUGGGUUCCAGUUGAUCAGAUGGCGAACGUGAUACAAGAAAUUGCGCUCCGGGAGAAGCACGAUGAUCACGCAACAGGUACUCCUAACGUGCAACUGUAUAACAUCGUGCAUCCACGACCGAUUCCAACAUCCAAGUUCUCGGAGGCACUGCAAAAGUGUAUUUCCUCUCCGCGGUUAGUCACUUAUUCCGAAUGGGUCGAGCAUCUGUCUGGUCUUCCUCCGAACAGACUGUCGAGGGAGGCGGAGGAGCAGAGAGCUCGUGUUUUGCCAUUCUUUCGGACUAUUGUGGAUGAGGGGUUUGCUCGCUUCGAUAUCCAAAAAUCUCUGGCAGUCAGUCCUACUAUGUCUAAGAUGGAGCCUAUUGAACAGGAUUCGAUUGUGCGAUGGUGCCGUCAGUGGACUGAGAAUGAAGAUAUUUAG